UUAGCGUCAUCCACGUGAUUUACACGUGCCCUCCUCCUUUCUCUUUUUCUCUCUCCACAUAACCCCAAUUCAGUCUAAUUCACUUCACAUUACACUAAUCCAUUUCCCACUGCAUUUUACCGGGUUUUUUUUUUCACGUCACCUACCAUCAUGAACCAGUCUCAGCUACUGAACCGGAGUUACCACCCCUGGCCACCACCUUUGCCACCACGACCCGGGUCCGCAACGAUACUACCCGAAAAUCAACAAACUUACCAAAGGCCUUGCUUAAACCGGAGUGAUUGGAAACCUCACCGGUCGAACAAACAGCGCCGGUUUUUUCAUCAGAAGAAGAAACAGAGAGAAAAUUACCGUUUUACUCCUUUAACUCCUCACAACACUACGUCGUUUCUAAUCCGGGCGAAAAAGUCCGGCGGGAUUGCUUCAUUGGUAUCACCUUGUCCGAUGACUCCGGCGGUUCUACCGACGCCGAAGUUUUCUCCAGCGAGGGAGAUUUUAGCUGAUGUAGCGAAGGAAGAGUGGGGUGUAGACGGGUACGGGUCGAUGAACGGGUUGAUCCGGGUCCGAUUACCCGAGAAUGAACCGGGAGAAGAAGAGGAUGAAGGUGAAGGGGUUAUUGUAUCAUGGAACAGUGAUGUUGAGGAAGUUGAGAAGAGAUUAAGCCAUGAUUUGAGCCGCUUUGAGAUGAUAUAUGACCCGAGAAAUGGCGGGUCGGGUCGAGAUGGGUAUGAUUUUGGUUACAGAGUUGAUGAUGUGGAGGAACAUAUAGAGAGAUUGGAGGAGGAAAACAUGGAGCUGAAGGAGAAAAUGUAUGUAAUGGAGAGGGAGUUAGAGGAAUUGCGUAAAAGGGUUCGGUAUUUGGAAGGUGGAGAUGAAAAUGGGUCGGAUAAUGAAGCUGUUUCUGACAAAAGCAUAGGAGAUUGAGGUGGCCAUGAAGAAGGGUAGCCUUGGAGGAGUAGUUGGUAAAGUUGCGGCCAUCUGACCAGGAGUUUACGGAUUAAACAUUGAAACAGCCUCUUUGAGAAGCUAACGCUGUGUGUAGUGAACCCUUGUGGUUUGGCCCUCUUCGCGGAAGCUGUUUGGUUUUCUUCUGCCUCUGUAUUUAGUUUUGUUAUAUGCUUUUAGGUGGUGAAGUCUUUAGUGUAGAUCUUAGUUAUUAAUCUUCUUUUUUUUGUUGUUGUCAACUUUUGAGGUGUAGAAAGUAGUUGUAGUAGUAAUCUUUACUUUGAUCUGACUGAUAAAACUUGUGGAGUAGGAUCAACUUUAAUUGCUCAAUUAAGCUGAAUAUUUUGGUUAAUAACAUGCUUAGUUUGAUUGCAA